ACCGGCAGUACUGACUAUGUUUAACAAGGUAAUGUUUUUCUCGCAGGCAGCAGCAGCAGCAGUAGUAUUGGGAAUAACAAGCCUGUGGAUCUCACCGCCGUUCCUGGCUCCGUCAUUCCUGGACUCUUUAGCUAAAGGAAAUCUGCGGACUUUUCUGAAAUUAUAAAGAACUAAAUUCUGGUAGUGGGGAGGAAAAAAACAAAAAAACGAGCCUGUCCCUCAGAGCUGCUUUAUCUUCAUGGAGUCGUCGGACUGGAGUUUGUCUCAGAUCUCCGCGCUGUCCGUGGAUUAACUCGGUACUCGCCUCUUCUCCGGAGACCUCAGAUAUAUCUAUCCAACUAUCAGCGUGGACUGUUUCGCUCAGUUGGGGGCUGGUUGCUCUCAUUUGGGGGGGAUAAAGUAGAAAUUCAAUGAAUGCGGGACCAACGGACACUUGUUGAAACAUUGUUUACGCUUUGCUGUUUGUCUCAACAUUUAGCUGACGGCGUUAUUAACUCCAGUUUCCUUUUAGCACACAGGAUACGACAAAGGGAUAAAUUGUAAACAAUUAAAGAGAUGGUCCGACCAGCAGCUUAGCUAACAGGUUAGCUGCCGCUGUUCGUUCAUAUGUUAGCAAUAACAUGCUAACAUCAUCUUAACGUUCAGACAAUUAGUUUGUGGAAAAGCGCUAAAAUGAAGUUACAUACGCAGAUAAGUUGCCGUCGGUGUUUCCUGUCUGUUCUCGAAACUACAGCGUGAUUUUCAAUCAACUAGAAAGGGAGUUUUAAUCUAUUCUGUUGUAAGUCAUCGAUUGACAACUUUUAUGACAGCUUAACGUUAGCUUAGCCGCAUUAGCCCGGAGAGCCGAACUAAAUCAGUUUGCGGCAACCUGGUUCUGGCGCUCAUGUGCGGAGGGUUUAUUGGGACUCUAAUGGAUCUGCAGGGGCGUUCUCAGAUAGGUCUUGGAAGAUCAUAAAGCUCCCACUCCAUCUCUCCGGAACCGUCCUCCACUUUUGUUUCCCCUCGGUAAAGUUUGAAAAACUGCGGCCCGCACAAUGUCCGGCUCCGCGGGCACAGGUGGCUCCAACCCCAGGAAGUUCAGCGAGAAGAUCGCGCUGCACAACCAGAAGCAAGCUGAGGAGACCCGGGCCUUUGAGCAGCUGAUGACCGACCUCAACGUAUCCAGGGUGCAGUUUCAGAAGGUCCAGCAGCUUCGUUUGUCGCAGUCACGGGCGCCGUACUACGGAGGCUCCCUUCCAAAUGUCAACCAAAUUGGCAACGCCAACGCAGAUUUUCAGGGCUGCUUCCCCUCAGGGUUGGACUCAGUCAGAGGGACUCGCCACCAUGGGCUGGUGGAAAGAGUCCACAGGGACCGCAACCGCAUCAGCUCUCCUCACCGCAGACCGAUUGACAAGCACGGACGGCAUAUGGAGAGCUCACCAUACGGACCAGUGUACCUGUCACCCCCACCAGACAACAGCUGGAGAAGGGAACAACAGCCAUGGACUGAGGAAAAACGGCCGGGGUUUAGAUUAAUAUCACAGCUCAACAGAACCAACUCGGACUCUGCUCUGCAUACGAGUGCUAUGAACCCAAACCCUCAGGACCCGUUUGGCAUGAACCAGCAGAUGGGUCGAGGUCCUCCACAGCGCAAUGGCUGGCAUGCAGCUAGUGUCAAUGAGGCCGAUGUAGAUGGCAGUGGAGAUGUCUUUUCCUUUCCCACUCUGCCAAAUGAGGAGAAUCUGAUGGGUGUCAGUAGACCUCUUCCCAAGCAGCUGUGGGAGGCUAAAAAGGUCCAGUCUCUGGCAUCAAGACCUAAGUCAUGUGAAGUGCCUGGAAUCAAUAUAUUCCCGUCCCCGGAGCAGAACGCUUGUCUGUCGCACUACCAGGGCUCACUGAGUACCGGUGGCUCUCUGCCUGACCUCAGCAACCUGCAGUUUCCGUCACCACUGUCCACCCCGCUGGACCCUGAAGACAACAGUGGCUACCCCAACCUCAGCGGGGGCAGCAGCACCGGAAACCUCCCUGCUGCCAUGAUGCACCUCGGCAUCGGCAACUCACAAGGUCUGUCCUCCUCUUUGAGUAAUCCCUCCAUCCAGGCAUCCCUCAACAACUGCCAGCUCCAGUCGUCACUCAGCAAUCCCUCCAUCAGCUCAUCAAUGCGCCUGUCUGGCAGCUCACCCCGCCGGCGGCCGGCUCCCAUCAGCCCUCUCACCCUGUCUCCUGGAGCGGAGCAGCGCAGGGGUCUGUCCAAGCAGUUGUCCCCCACUAUGUCCCCCUCGCUGUCCCCAAUCACACAGGGAGUUGCUUUAGACACCAGCAACAUGCCAAGGGAACCACCUCCACCUUAUCCUCUCUAUCAGCAGCCCCAGCAUUCAUUAGAUCACAGCCGGACACACCAGCAGCAACAGCAGCAGCAACAGCCUGUUUCACCUAUUCAGAACAUGUCUUUGGACUUCAACACAAGCCAGCAGCAAAACAGCAUGGCAUCACUAUUCAGUGACCAGUUUGUGGAGCAGCAGUUUUCAAAUCACCAGAACAAGACGCUCCCCUAUCAGUUGGACCACUUCAGCCUGUUGGAAAAUGCUCUGAGCUCCUCAGCAGGGGGGUCCUGCUAUGAUACCUCAAUGCCCUCCUCGCUCUAUUACUCCCAGGCAGCUCUGUCAGGCCUAGGGGGCAGCCAUGGCAGCCUGCAGGAGCCCUCCCACAUGAGGUCCAACAUGCUCUAUUCAAACUGCAGCGGGGGACUGCCUAACAUCAUACUCACAGAUGACUCCAACCCGAAUCUGUCCAAGGACAUCAGCAACGCCCUCUCCACAGUUCCCGAAUGCUUCGACUCAGAGGGAGGCUUCCCGCUGGAGGACGAGCUGCGCAUAGAGCCGCUCAGCCUGGACGGCCUGAGCAUGCUCAGCGAUCCCGACAUGGUGCUGCCGGACCCAUCUGUGGAGGACACCUUUCGUAGCGACAGACUCUGAAUGUAAAGAGCGCCACAGAGGAAACACACCCACUGGGAUUCACAGUGUCAAAGUGUACGAAUCUGAAAAUGUAUGCAGGCGGUUUAAGCUGUGCACACACCCACUGCCACUAAGAUUCAUGAAAUGUGAAUUUCUAAGAGGAGACUGGUGAACAAACACUGUUUACACCUUUGCUCAGAGUUGCUCUGCUGCAUGCUUAAGCUCCUGUUUUUCAGGUUGUUUUAAAUUAUGUUUUAAAUCUGCUCUGGGAUAUGGUUUGCACCCCCACCCCCCAACCAAAAAUUACAAAACAAACCUAAAAACACAAUAACUGAUUAAGGAGAAUGCUGGAGUCCUCCCGCGUUUUUCUCCCAUCACCAGCUUACAGCACCAGUUACCCUGAAGCCAUGGAAACACCAUAACCAUGGUUACACACCAUAGCAACCCCAUCACCGUGCAAAAGAGCAGCAGAAAUCCAGCACAUGAUUUACGUUUCUUGCAGCUCAAUAAAGGAGCUGAUUUCCAGUUACCGCUCGCAGCUGGAGCAGAAAAGCAGCUGCGCUGAGGACACUUCAGGCCGUCAGAGUCCUGGUGGAAAUGAAGAAAAGAGGGAUUCAAGUUUUUCAAGUGUAUUUCUUUACAUACGGUGUCAGAUUAUUUUUAAAUGUAUGUACAUAUUCAUAAAUAAGACUAAAAUCAGAUUUGAGCGUAUUUUCAAAUGAGACAAAAAGGGCAAACUGUUUACAAAGACAAAACUGUAUUAAUUAAAUAUGGCUUUGAAUAUUCAGACGAUAAAGACAGAUCUGAGAUUUGUUGAAUAAAUGCUAUAUUUUUUUCUUGCAAUUUCGACGAAUAUUUGGGUUCCUUCCUGCCGGAACCCGAGCUGCAGAACAUCAGAAUCCUGCAUUAUUUUUUACCUUUCUGUCGCAGAGUUACGUAUCCUGUGUAUGAUAUGUUUUACAUUUUGUACUGACUUGUAAACUACUCAAAGGCUAAUUGUGAAUAAGGGCAUGCGCUGUGCUACUGUGGAACGACUUUUCUGCUCUUUGUGUUUGUUACUGAACUUUAUGGAAACCCUCCUCGCGCCUUUGCAACCUGCAACACAAGCCAGCCCAGUCUGGGCGAGACACUUGAAGCGGUCCGUGGACAUCGGACAUCAUGUAAAAAAUGCACUUAAACUCUUUGCACUAAUUGGUUCACAUUGUGUAGGCUGAGAUUUUUACAUCGCUUUUAUCUGAUUAACCCAAUGAAGAAUGAAGCCAUCAGUAGGAGACCUUUUGUAAAAGCUCGUGUUUGGUUCAUAUUUGAUGUGAAAAAGCAGAUUUUUAUUUUAUUUUUUUGUCUGUGGCUCCUGUUUUGUUUUUUUCCCUUAAAGAGCUCAUAUCUGAAGUGGAUUAUGUAACGGCUCAGUGUUGUCGGGCAUUGAGCGCCCCCUUGUGUCACUUUAAAAAAAGAGCUAAUCUUUAAUGUUUGCUCUUUAUUCCUAUGCAACCUUUUCCAAGUGAAACCUGUUGAACAGGUACAGCUUUUAUGCAGUGCAAAAUGGCUCUCUGUUUCCAUUUUGUCUUUUGUGAACCUACACAAUGUGAGGGAUCAAAUUAUUUUAUCCUCAAAAAAAUAACCAUAUUACAUGUGUCCCCUGUCCACAGUUUGUGUUGGCUCUGAAAACAAGACAUUUAAGCAGCAUUUUUGCUCAGUUUGUGUUUGUUUUCAGUCAGGCGGUGUCUCUCAGCAGACUGCAGGGCCUUUCUGUGCAUGAGUGAUUCUUUAUCGAAUCUUUAGGCUUUUUUAAUGGUUUGGCUCUAAUUUCAGCUCUUAUCUGUUCAUUUUCCUGAUCCAGUCAGGGUACUUUAUGGUGUGAAGUUGCUGUUUCUAAGGGAUUCCCGCUGUAUUCGCCUGCCUUCUGUUGCCUUACUCUUUCCUAUUCCAGCAGCUGAUAAUCAAGUCUCUUCAGCUUUAGCUCACUUUUAGCUGCCUGUGGUCGUUUUCUGUCACUCGGUCUCAACAUCCAGUUUGUUUUUAUGUCUCUUUGUUUUAGGUGCACAUAAAAUGUACAGUUCUGUUAUUUAAAGAAUGUUUAUGCCCUUUAGUGUUACUUUUUUAAGUCAGUUGAGUUUUUCCUCAAAAUAUAAAAGUUUAUUGGUUUGUAACAUAUGUUAUAGUGCUUAUCUUUCCAAUUUAAUAUAAUCAAUAAAAAAACUGUUUAUCAAG